AACAGUGCCCUACCUUAAUUACAAAAACUAAUGACUAAGAGAGAGAUGGCUAGAGCUGAGGCCCCUGAGUCAGGCUGUGGGUGGGAUCAUCUCCAGUACAGGAAGUGAGACUUUCAUUUCCUCCUUUCCAAGAGAGGGCUGAGGGAGUAGAGCUGAGCAACUGGUGCAGACAGCCUCGCUGGACUCGGGGUGAGGUAGUUCAGCCAUGAGGCUGGCUGUGCUUUUCUUGGGGGCCCUGCUGGGGCUACUUGCAGCCCAGGGGACAGGGAAUGACUGUCCUCACAAAAAAUCGGCCACUCUGCUGCCAUCCUUCACGGUGACACCCACGGCUACGGAGAGCACUGGAACAACCAGCCACAGGACUACCAAGAGCCACAAAACCACCACUCACAGGACAACCACCACAGGCACCACCAGCCACAGACCCACAACUGCCACGCACAACCCCACCACCACCAGCCACAGAAACGCCACGGUUCAUCCAACAAGCAACAGCACUGCCACCAGCCAGGGACCCUCAACUGCCACUCACAGGCCUGCCACCACUAGUCAUGGAAAUGCCACAGUUCAUCCAACAAGCAACAGCACUGCCACCAGCCCAGGACUCACCAGUUCUGCCCACCCAGGACCACCUCCGCCCUCUCCGAGUCCUAGCCCGGCCUCCAAGGAGACCAUUGGAGACUACAUGUGGACCAAUGGUUCCCAGCCCUGUGUCCACCUCCAAGCCCAGAUUCAGAUUCGAGUCAUGUACACAACCCAGGGUGGAGGAGAGGCCUGGGGCAUCUCUGUACUGAACCCCAACAAAACCAAGGUCCAGGGGAGCUGUGAGGGUGCCCAUCCCCACCUGCUUCUCUCAUUCCCCUAUGGACACCUCAGCUUUGGAUUCAUGCAGGACCUCCAGCAGAGGGUUGUCUACCUGAGCUACAUGGCGGUGGAGUACAAUGUGUCUUUCCCCCACGCAGCACAGUGGACAUUCUCGGCUCAGAAUGCAUCCCUUCGAGAUCUCCAAGCACCCCUGGGCCAGAGCUUCAGUUGCAGCAACUCGAGCAUCAUUCUUUCACCAGCUGUCCACCUCGACCUGCUCUCCCUGAGGCUCCAGGCUGCUCAGCUGCCCCACACAGGGGUCUUUGGGCAAAGUUUCUCCUGCCCCAGUGACCGGUCCAUCUUGCUGCCUCUCAUCAUCGGCCUGGUUCUUCUUGGCCUCCUUGCCCUGGUGCUUAUUGCCUUCUGCAUCGUCCGGAGACGCCCAUCCGCCUACCAGGCCCUCUGAGCAUUUGCUUCAAACCCCAGGGCACUGAGGGGGUUGGGGUGUGGUGGGGGGGGGUCCCUUAUUUCCUUGACAUGCAACUGUCUCAAAGACAAAGUUAUUUUCCUUCCCUUUCUUGAAGAACUAAAAUACAGCCGGGCGCGAUGGCUCAUGCCUGUAAUCCCAGCACUUUGGGAGGCUGAGGCAGGCAGAUCACUGGAGGUCAGGAGUUUAAAGACCAGCCUGGCCAACAUGGUGAAACCCCAUCUCUACUAAAAUUACAAAAAAUUAGCCGGGUGUGGUGGCAUAAUCCCAGCUGGCCUGUAAUCCCAACUCCUUGGGAGGCUGAGGCAGAAUUGCCUGAACCCAGGAGGUGGAGGUUGCAGUGAGCCGACAUCGUGCCACUGAGCCAAGAUCGCACCACUGCACUCCAGACUGGACGACAGAGCCAGACUGUCUCAAAUAAAUAAAUAAGAGAUAAUGCAGUUGGGAGGAGGGAGGGGAGAGAGUUUUAUUAAAUGUGACGAACUGUCCCCCAAGAGGAGAGUAGCAAAAUAUAUGCGUAUGUUUGACUUGGGGUUUUCCUUGUCCUGCCAGGAUUAAAAGCCAUGAGUUUCUUGUCA